AUUUUUUUUGGAGGGGGGGGGGCAUGCUUCUCCUUCAAUUUCACCAUCGCUUAACUAUGUGGUAACUCCACUCAUUCGAUUCUUAAUUUUCAGAGUGGUCUGCUUCUGUGGUCCAAAGAACGUUACUAAAGGAGGGAUGCACGUCGUUUGAACAAGUCAAUUGAAUCUACAGCUUCAUUGUAAAGCUUGACAGUGAAGGGAGCCAGCUGCACGUUUGAUUGUUUGUCCUCUAAAUUUACAACGUCUGCGUCGACAUAUUUGGUCUGUUUUUGUCCAGCCAGCGAGGAAGUAGCCUUAAAAAGGAGUAGCCUACGACGGUCCCUGAAAGAAUUUGGGGAAACGCUGCGAAGCGUGCCUCGACUUUCUUACGAUCUGUGAGGUUGUUGACAAGACGUUGGUUCCACUCUGGUUUCAGUGUGUUUGUGAUCCGGUGAGUGAGACCGUUGCCGGGCCUACAAGGGAUGAAACCGGAUGGGGUUGCCAUGGAGCCCACAGAAGCUGUAGGAGCCGAACCCUCGGCCCAGGGGAUGGCCACCGACGAGAUGCCAGCCCCUUCAACUUCCCCAUCCCCUCCAUCGCAGCCCGAAGACACCCAAAACAUCACAGCGAAGCCUGAAAACCCUACAGUGCCCCCUGCGUCCAAGGAGGUCAUUGGCAAGGCAGCAGCUAAACCCAAGGCUAAGACCGUGGGCUUGGCUAAACAGCGUCCAGGCACAGCUGGCACCAAGGCCACAGCGGGUCUGGCAUCAGGACCCAGCACUUCUCGUCCGGGCACGGCCCCAAGCCACAUGGCCAAUGGAUUAAAGUCCACAGCUAGUGACCUGGCCAAGAAAUCGGCGUUGGACAAAAAGAAGACCACCAUCGCAGCCGGAGCAUCGGCGUCAGCUGCAGCCACGAAGAGGUACGUGGGGCCGGCCGCCGCUUCCACUGUCAGGACCCAAACUAAGGUGGCUGACAGGAAGGCUGUCGGAGUCCCCAGGUCCACCUCUGCUACCAGGACUGUGGCGAUGGGUCCUGGCACUCCAACGAGGAGACCUCCUGCUGCUGGUCCCAUUAAUGGGGCCGGGGCCAGACCCAAAACCACAGCUUCCAGACUUGCAGCCUCAGCUUCCCCCAAGCCUUCCAGCACUGCAGUCACAGCCAAACCCAAUAGGACGACGGUUUCCAAGACAACCAGGCCUGCCACUGGUCACACUGGCCUGUUGAUGGGCACAUCCAAGCCAGCCGCUGCCGGCUCCAGCAGACCUGCAGCUUCCAGAGUCGGCACCACAGCCCCCCCUACUGGCAGGACUACCACAGUGCAGGCACCCAAACCUACAGGCCCUGCCAAGAAAGAUGUCAGCAGACCAGCUGCCGCAGCCAGAAAGCCGGCAACAUCCGCCACUACCAAAACGACCAAACCUGACCCCCCUAAAGCGACUGCAGCCUCCAGACCUGAGCCUGCCUCCAAAAGGGCCCAUCCCACCAAGGCGGCAGACACCAAGCCAGCCCGCCCUACAUCACAGGACCCUAAGCCCCUGCCCACACGUAAAGCCCCUCCCACCACACGGCCCCCUGCCACCCGACAGCCCCAGGGCAAGACACCCCCUGCCUCCCCCAGCAACAAGCCCGUGGGCAGCACCAUCCCCCAGUCGGUCAAACAAGCCUCCAAACCAACCCAGUCUGUCCUGCCUUUCACUGCCAGACCUGGAGCUCCCAAGUCUGCUGCUGCAGGAGUGGCUGCUGCAGGAGUGGCUGCUGCAGGAGUGGCUGCUGCAGGAGUGGCUGCUGCAGGAGUGGCUGCUGCAGGAGUGGCUGCUGCAGGAGUGGCUGCUGCAGGAGUGGCUGCUGCAGGAGUGGCUGCUGCAGCAGUUGCCGCAGCAGAGCCAGAAGUGGCCGCUUCAGAAGUCCCAGCACCAGUGUCUGCGUUUUCACCAGCAGUGGCCCUGGAGCCCAGAGAAGAGGUUUCAGCCCCAACUCCUCGGGAUACUACUUCUCCAUCUCCACCACAGAGCCCACUCAGGCUGGCUCCUGCUCCACCACAGGGCUCACUAGUCACUGUUGCCAGGGAUGAGAUGUCUGAACGACCAGAGACCGUCCCAGCAGCCCCGACACAGCCAGCACCAGACCAGACCUUACCCCAGGACAUCCCCACAGCAGUUGCUAGGGCUACACCCAGCCCUCCGGAUGCCUCAGAGAAAGCCCAGCUCAACAUGGAUGAAGAAGAGGAUGAGGAGAGGGAGGGCAGCCAGCAGGUGUCUGUGUCAGAAAUGAGUGGCACCCAGCCCACAGAAGAGUCCAGGCCUGGUUCAGCCGGCCCUGCGGGCUCGGGGUGGCGUGCAGGCGGUGCCCUGCUAUCGGAGCUGGACUCUGAGGAGGUGAGCUGUAGUCAGCAGGGGGUGUCGGAACUGAGCGCCCCGGGCGUCCUGGAGGGCACGGAGAGCAUGGAUGACCUAGGAGACGCCAGUCUGAAGGGUGCCAUCGACAUGGAGGGCAUGUCUGCCUCGGCCGGCUCGCCUGACUUUGAGAAGGUGUCCGACAUCCCGACCAAUGAUUUUGAUGACUACGAUGAAGACGGAGACCGGGUGUGCGACAUGGAGGUGGGUUCGGAACGGGCGGAUGACCCAAGAAGAGUGAGGCAUGACGAGGAUGAGGAUGAUGACGUGGAGAUGGCUAGUGAGGGGGUGACUGAGAGCGGGCUGGAGAGCUACGGCAAUGCAGACGAGGAUGACUUUGCAGAGGAUGAGAGACUGGACAACCUGAACCGAGCCCCGCCUGCCCCACUCCUGCCCUCUGCCCUGGCCGCCCAGUGGGACCAACCCAACCCCAGCUCCUUUUGUGACCCCUGGGCCCAGCCGCACCCCCAGGCUGCCUCAGCCGCCCCCCUGCAGACCCCUACCAGCCCCUCUUCAGACCCUUGGCAGGCUGAUAAGACACCCACCCUGUACUCCACUCAGCCCUGGCUGCAGCUGGCUGCCACACCAUUUGUUCCAGCCCUGCCUGAGCCCUCACACCAGCCUGCCCCUGCAUCUCCACUUGAAAGAGAGACCCUAGCCCCGUUGCAGUCCCUGUCCCUCAUAGCUGCCUCUGGACGCGGCAUGUCACACUCCAGCACCCUAAGCCCUACGGAGCUGGUUGUCCACAGCAGUAGCGAGACCAGCACCGCAGAGGAGCUCUGUGACUACAACAGCAGCUCCGGGGUGGAGUCCCGCUCUGAGGGGGGGAAACUCCACACCCUGGCUACCGCCGGGCUCUCCCUUCAGCCUGAAUUGGAGAACCAGGACCUGGGAAUCCACCUGGAGAGAGAGGACGGCGAGGGGGAGGAGGCAGAGACCCUGCCAGCCGACGAAGUCCCAGGGGACCCCGCCACAGCACCUACGUCCAACCCCUCGUCCUCCACCACAGAGGAUGAGGCCAGCGACACGGAGGGCGAGGCCCAGCUGGGCCAGGACAUCCACAACGACAGCAAGCCCGGCGCCCAGCGCUGCCUGUCUGCCCUGGAAGAAGGGGAGGAGACCAGCGGCGGUGCAGAAGAGGGUGGAGACACCCCCCAGUCUGCCAACUCGGCGGCAUCCUACGCCUACGACAUGACGGCGUCCAACUCCAAUACCCACUCCACGGCUGAGAGCUGCGCCAAGAGCCCCGGCAUCUUCUCUCUGGAGGAGCUGCCUGAGGAGGCCAAGGACCCGUCGCUCAUCCAGGAACUGACCCUGCCACCGUCCCAGCAACAGGCUGCCUCGGCAGACUCCCUCCUCGUCUCCAACCCAGAGGAGCAGCAGUAUAUGUUGUGUGGGACACUUGAGGCAGAGCUGGGGGACACGGGGGAUCUGAAACCCCUGGACCCCACGCUGUUUGCGGCCCCCCAGCAGUUCGGGGAGGGCCCCCGUGUCACCCAACCGCCCUACUACUCCACUAUCUGUGAAAACACUGAGAACUCUCUCACAGGUAACGUAUAGUUUCCCCCCCCCCCACACACACACACACACACUUCCCUACAUACCCAGUAACGCAGCUUUUCACCCCUCCCCAGAACCCUCUUUGCUGUGUUAGUCGUCAUCAUUGUUUGUCCCAAACCUCUCCAACUGGGGUGGAUGUGAUCCAAAUGUAAAAAUAGGGAAGGGAAGAAAUAAAGGCUUUAAAUACAGCAGUGCCACUUCCCUCGUAUGAUAUUACCUUAUGAGUAAAUGGCUUAACUCCUGUAUGUGCAAUAGCUUCAACUAUUAGAAUGUGUUUUUCUUCACUUUUUAAUUAACAUGAACUGGCAUGGUUUGAUUUGGAUUGACUGGGCUGUUGUGAAGCAGCUCUUAAGACAAAAAACAAGAAGAAACAUAACAAAAGAAAAUGUGGAAUGAAUGUUUAACUAUGUAUUUAUCUGACCCUUUUUACUGAACAAGAAAAUGCUGGUGAAUGUUGAUUUGUAUUGUCUUGCUGUUUCCCAUCAUUAAGAAACAGACAUCUGUCCUCAUCCCCCGAGCACUCCCCCUUCCCUCCUGCACUUUAAGAUUAGACUGCCCCCCCCCCCUUCUUACAUUUGUCCUUUUUGAGUAUUUACCAUUACCAAGCUUUAAAUAAAGAAUAGAUAUUUAACAUGA